CGGGACCGGGACCGGCCUCUGGGGCGGGUCAGCCGUGGGCUGGCGGCCGCCCCUCUCGGAGCGGGCCCCCGGUGAGGGCUCUCUCUGGGCCGGGCGGCAGGACGUGGCUCAGGGCAGGGGGGUUGUGGUGGUGCUAGUAGGCUCGUAUUUGGCUUUUCGCCUUAAAUCCUGCUGUGGCCUCAAAGGCUCCAGAAGAUUCCCCCUGAAGUCAGAACACCACGUAAAACUGGCAAACCUGAAAAUAAUCUCUCCCAGCAACUACCUUCUAAUAAUCUGUCUGGAGACUUCGGGCAGCUGAGGGCUAGAGACGCCUCUGGAGCCAGCGGGGUAAUUGAAGCAGGCUUUCUCCCAGGAAGGGUGGAUGGAGGCAUAGAAAAGGCGGUGGUUUUUUUACCAUCUGAGAGUGUAACUGCUACUGAAGUAAAGAUUUAAAGGCGAUCUGAUGACAACGAAAGCAAACUUUCCUGUGACAGCAGGACCUGUAGUUGUCCCUUAUGGGCAUGUGAUUGGAAAUGAGAAGUGGAGAGGGUCAGAGAUAGCCCAAAGGCUACAAGGGAAAAUCAGACUCAUCUUUGAAGAUGGUUUGGGACUUGUGGAUUUUCAUCUUUCAAACAGAACUUGCAUUUUAUAUAUUUCUGAAGCAGAUUUGGUUGCAGGGAAUGAAUUCAAACGAAGAUUGGUUCGGUUUAGAAAUGCCAGCAGUCUUGAGGGAAUUGUAAUUGUAGAGAGAACCCCAAUAAGUGAUCAGUACUUCUUAGCUGUACAAAAGCUUGUUGUGCUAGAACUUGGAAUGGUGGUGUUUCCUGUGGCAAACCAAGGAGAAGCUUCUCAACUUAUUACUCAGCUAGUCCGUGAACAAAGUAAGGAUCAAAACAGUAACCCCUUUCUUCGUAAACAGUCUUCUCAGCUGGCAGAGCCAUCACUGCUCCGAACGGUGCAACAAAUUCCAGGAGUUGGGAGAACAAAAGCUCUGCUUUUACUGCAGCAGUUUGGGAGCAUCCACCGGCUAUGUAACGCAUCUGUCAAAGAGCUCGAGCUAGUAGUUGGACAAACACUAGCACAACAAAUUUACAAUUUUCUGUGUUCCUGAUGUGCAUGUGUAGUGCUGUUUUC